GGGGGCGUGAUGGCAGCAGCACUGGCGGCGAGGGAGGGCGUGGAGGGCGCGUUCAAGCCCAUCGACCCUCUCUUGGCGUGGUUGGAAGAUGCCGCUGAGAGCACCCCCCCUGAGACGCUGGCUGCCCUGGCGAGGUAUGGCCUGCUGGAGGAAGGGAAGGGAGGGGAGGUGGGGGGGAGAGGAAAGGGAGUGUGGGAUGUGAGGGGUAUAGGCGAAAGGGGCGAAGAAGCAGGGCCGUCAACGGCUGAUGGUGCUGGUGGUUCCGCUGCUGCUGCCACGACUGCCAGUGCUGCUGCUGCUGCUCCUGCUGCUGCUGCUGCUCCUGCUGCUGCUGCUGCUCCUGCUGCUGCUGUAGAUGGUGCUGCAGAUGGUGCUGCUGGUGGCGAUGCUACUCCCACCAUUGCCCAUCCCACCCCCAGGGAGCUAGCUAGAGCGAGGGAGCAGCAGGAGAUGGCCCGGGAAAUAUCAGCAGUGGCGGCACUGGCAGCGGCAGCAGCAGCAGGAGGGGAGGAGGCGGUGCGAGUGGGGAAUGCGCUGACAGACUACGUGGAGGCUGUGUGCGCGGUGGUGCGGGCACAUGAGAGGGAGAUGGGGCGAGGGGAGGAGGAGGCGCAUGAUGAGGUGAAGGCGCGGGCUAAGGGGCUGAUGGAGGAGCUGUACCUGUACAUUCCGGGGAUCAGGCCAUGGGACUUGGUGUGAAGAGCAACAUUUGGGGCUUGUGUAAUGAAGCAGUAGCACAGUAGAAGCAGCAGCAGCAGCAGGAAAGGAGGAGGCGCAUGAUGAGGUGAAUGCGAGGGCCAAGGGAAUGGAAGAGCUGUACCUUAACAUUCCUGGCAUAAGGCCGUGGGACUUGGUGUGAAGAGCAAGAAUGACGGCUAGGGUGAAGGGACUUGCCUUGAGGGCAUGGGCACGAGGUUGAUGGAGGAGCUGUACCUGUACAUUCCGGGGAUAAAGCCAUGGGAUCUGGUGUGAGCCAGGGCUUAUCUUUGUUUUUUCACCACUCUGAUUUUCAGUUACUCCUGGCCAAACUCUGAUUUUCAGAGUGCCCUGGAGCUCGAAGUCUGAUUUGUCAGGGCUUUUUCACACUUCUCAAAUAAAAUCUCUGAUCCGCA